GCCAUCAAAAUCUCCCAAGGGCUGCAUAAUGUGACGAAUCAACAUAAUAUUGUGAAACAUGGUGCACCCAUGAAGGAUAAUUACUCAGAAGGGCUCUAGCCCUUCUGAGUAAUUAUCCAGAUCCGUAAAAAGAGUUAUAUAAAAAAAUGUUAUGUUAUGUCAUAUGUGGUCAUAUGUCUCCAGUAUUAUAUAUUAGUCUAUGGUCAUAUGUUUCAAAACAACAACAUUAAGUACCUACAUGUUUAAUAUUUUUCGGUGCAAACAGGGUUACAUGUCUUAAACUUUCUACACAAUUUUUUGAAACUUUGGAUAGGAAACUUUGGUAUGUGUUCUUGUGCUUUUGACUAUUUUCUUCUGGUGACUUUGGCUGCUAGCUGGACUCGUUAGAUAUCUUCUUCGUUUGACCACCCUGGCUCCCCUAUUUCUGGACUUGUUUAAAUCUUCUUAGUUUGACCCUGGCUCCCCUUAACUGGAUCUUGAUCUUGGACGUUUGUUCAACUUGAGAUUUUACAAAACUGUUUUGUAAUAACAUAAUGUCGUCAGAUAGGAAGUAUUUCAAAUGUUAUUUUGAGUGUAAAACGGAUGGUGUUUUGCAUCGUUUCCCAAAUCCUCAUGAAAAUAUGAACAGGUUUAAUUUAUGGGCGAAAGUUUUAGAUAGCGAAAUGCAGAAAAGGGGUGCACAAUAUAUUUAUAACAAUAUGAGACUUUGUGAUCGACAUUUUAAAUUGUGCUAUCGUACACCGAGUAAGAAACUUACAAGGAAUGCAAUCCCAACUUUAGAUAUUGACGGACCUAUCAUUGACCUUAUCAGAAGUCUCAUCACAAACGAUACAAAGCAAACCACUGUGGUGACUGACGCCCAACUUAUUGAAAUAUUAGAGAGAGAGUUUUUUAUGGAUACUAAUAUGCUACACAAAUUCGAAGUAGAAGUUUACUUAAAUGUUUUAAAGAAGUUUAUCAAGAAUUGGCCAGAGUGGGAUCAAUUUGAACAAGCAGUUUUAAAAUUAAAAGAAACAAAUGACAGCGCCGGAAUAUCAAAGAUACUAAAAGAGAAAUAUAUUAAUUUAAAAGAAUAUUUACGUGGAAUGUUAAAUGUGGCCCGACAAUUAGCAAAUAGUAAAGUUAAUCAGAUAAAAAUGGAAGAAAAUCGUUAUGAUAAUCAUAGUGUAGUAAUGGAAGUGGAAGCAACAAGGCAACAGCUGAACUGUCUGUUUUACCGCCAACCGUUGGAUAAAAAUGUAUUUAAUUUAACUACAGAUUUUAAGUUAGGACUGCACAAUUCUAAAAUGCUUACCCUCGAGUCUAUUGUGAACUGGUGGGGGGUGGAGAUAGAAAUAAGGAUUAAGGCUGAUAAUAAAUUUAUAAUUUACAAACAUCGAAAUUUGCACAGACUUAAACACAUGCUAGUUAAUAAAAAACUCGCUUCGGAAACACGCAAAGUUACCGACCUGAAUGAACAGAUACUGGUGAAACCUGAAAGAAAAAACAGCACGCAAAUUUUAAGAGAACAUAUUUUAAAAUAUUUUGAGAAACUACUGAAAUCCGAUAAAAAUUCAAAAUGGCGGUCGGUUUUAGAUACUUUAAAGAAUAUUUUACUAAAUGAUUUAAACAGUGUGCCAAAAACGUUAAGCAUACCAUGUGAUUUUAGAAGAUAUAUAAGCAAAAAUAAAUAUAUUAGAUAUUUGUACCAGGAUGUUCCGAAUGAGAAGAAGGAUGAGGGUGCUGAAAAUUUUGAUUUGCAACUGGAGGAAAUAGUUUCACCAAUGUGUGAAUUUCAGAUGAGAACUAGUGGUAAAAACGCUAACACGGAUAUAUCGUUUGAGGACGCCAUUAAAAUAAUUUGCACAGAUUGUCGUUUGACAUUUACAGGGGCGAAUUUCGUGUGUGAUGUUUUAAAACAUUUUAGUGACGACCACAACGAAGAACCCGAUUGGAAUUGUCUGAAAUGCAAUAGGGUGUUCACUAUGCCCUCUUUAACCCAUAUGGGUUGGACUCAUACAUGUGAUGUUUCAUAAUUUGAUCGACAAUUUAAUUCGGAAAUAUUUGUACUAGGAGGCAGGACUUCUCUUCUUUCCCUUACCUAUUUCUGCCGCCAAAUAAUAUUGCUUGCUCUGCUGUUCCGGUCUGAAGGAUAUAGAGCCAGCAGAUUUACAUGUUGAGAGGCAUUCCAUCUUAUUCAGAGGUGACAACGCACCUGUAGCCAUCUUUGUUUGAAAUUAACUGCAGGUGGCACUUAGGUGGAAUUUUAAAAUUAUAUCUGUGUAAAAUGUAGUUACUAUAUUUCUACCUAGUCAGGUCAUAAAUUCUGUCACAUGUUUAAUAUAAAAUAAUUGAAACAAGUUGUAACCAUUUAUAUACCAAAAUGAACUUAACAAAACAUAGAUUCUUAUGACACUAAAGUUUAUUCAAAAUGACCUCCGUGAUUUUGAAUACAGGCCUUCAAUCUGCGCGGCCAGUCGUCUAUCGCAGCACGAACGAGGUCCAAGUCAAUAUCGGCGGCUGCCCUAAUCAAGGAUGUCUUAAGUGACUCCAAAUUGGGAUGAGGCUUUGAGCACGCCUUUUCCUCCAAGUGUUAACAUAUCUUGUAAUCUAACGGAUUCAAAUCUGGACUGGAGGAGGGCCAGUCUUCGUGCCGGAUGAAGUCGAUUUCACGCGCCGCCAGCCAAUCUUGUGUGCUCUUCGCUCUAUGAGCUGGCGCCGAAUCUUGUUGGAAUACCCAGUGCCUGUUAUUGAACAUGGUAUGAGAAACAGGUUCCACAAGGUUCGUCAGGACUAUAUUUUGAUACAUAACUGCAUUCGUUUUUACACCUUUCUCACAAAAAUGUACCUCUGUUAAGCCCCAAUAAGAAACUCCCAACCAUACAACGAGCGAGGAUGGAAAAUGACCUCGUUGGACACGCGGAAUACGGUUGCUCGCUUCUUCACUACUGUGUGCGUACACCUUAUCAUUUUGUUUGUUGUAGCUCUCUUCUACGGUAAAAAUUUUUACAUCCGAAAAAAGAAUUUCCCGAUAUUUUUUUCCCGCGUACUGCUUCAACAAAGCGCGGCAUCUCUUCAGUCUCAGGUCCAUUAGACGAGCAUUCAAACGAUGUCCUGUUUUUCUUCGAUAUGCCCGAAGCACUAAGUCUUCAUUUAACACCCUUUUCACCGUGGUUCUGCUUAAACCCAUCUGAAGGGCCAACAGUUUCUGCUUACGUUUUGGAUUUCUUUGAAUUCGCGCAUUCACAGCUUUUAUCACUGCUGGAGUCCUAACAGACCGAGGGCGACCACUUCUUGAUCUGUCAUCUACACUAGAGUCUUCAUUGUAUCGUUUGAUGGUACGAUAAACGAAUCUUUUGGUUAUAUUAAAAUUUUUCAGUAUGUCAAAAAUCUGAAUUGGCGCGUAACCGCAACGAUGCAAUGCAAUAACUGCAACACUGUAUUCUUUAAGCGUCCACUCCAUAUUUAAAAAUGAGUAAAAUUCUAAAAGUAUACAGUUUUAUUUUCAUGAACAAUUCGAAUUCAAUAAACUUUUUUGUGGCCAGCAUUCUAAAAGAAAAGUUUUUACUGUGUGACAAUACUUAUGACCUGACUAGGUAUUUUAGGUUAAGUUAGGUUAAUAACAAUAUUCCAUUAAUUUAUGCUAAAUUCUUGUAAUAUAAAGAACUUGAAGCAACACACUGAAAUGUUUGUGAUAUCUGAAGUUAAAUAAAAUUUUUAGUACCAUCG